AUGGGACGAGCCGGUGAACCAGGUACACCUGGCGCACCAGGUAAAAAUGGACCUCCAGGUGAUCGCGGAGCUGAUGGAACGCUCGGUGGCAAAGGACCAACUGGCCCAGCUGGACAACCUGGACCUCCUGGAGAAGCUGGACGUGCAGGAGAGCCCGGCCCACCUGGCCGCGAUUCCGUCGCUGCAGCUGGUGGACAAAGUGGGCCAGAAGGAUCCCCUGGUGAGCCUGGGACACCCGGGCCACCAGGACCACCUGGACAACCUGGAGGGGUCGGAAGAGACGCUCACUAUUGCCCAUGCCCAGGAAGAGCACCGCGCCCGAAAGGUGCCAACGCUCGAAAACGCGUGUCGCGCAAGAAAGUCAAGGCCUGA